AACUCGGAUAGCGGAACAGUGGCUCAGUUUGUUUUCGUUGGUCCUUGUGGAAGGUUCGUAGUGGUCGAAUUUUCGUACCAAAAUUAGCCGGCUCACUAUAAUUUUUUAUUUUCUUCCUCCCGAUAUACACCGCUAUACAAUCACUGUCAAUUUUCAAAGAAUUCCCGACGAGUAACGAGAGUUACCAAGUGUCGACAUCGCGUGUAAAUGUCGUGAUAUGAACGAAGAUCAAUUAAUCAACUUAGAAAAGGUUGUCGUGAGUAAAGUGUCAAGUGCGAGCGGACCAUGAAUAAGAUGACACGAUGCUGGUUCCUCUGCAGUCUGUUUCUGCUGGGAUGCGUUCAAGAAUGCUGGCAACUCGUGAUAAAAAAUGUCACCAUACCGUCGAUGGUGAAAGCCAACGACACCGAUCAUGUGAUCCUGGAUUGCGAUUAUGAUCUCGAGGACACGCCGAGCAAAGGAUUAGUCGUGAAAUGGUUCUUUAACGCGGAUGAAGUGGCCUAUCAAUGGAUAUACGGUAGGGAACCUCUGGCCGGCGAUACGUUGUCGAACUAUGUCGAACUGAAGUACCCUGCCAGCGACGAUCCGUACACAAUGUAUCGAGCUAUAAAAUUAAAUAACCCUGAUAUCGAACUUAGCGGAGAAUAUAGGUGCGUCAUAUCCACGUUUGCGGACGAGAAGUCCGCUAGCGGAUCCAUGAUCGUAUAUUCAACAGAGAAAAAGUUCGAUCUUAUAUAUACAAAGAAAACUAUAGAUGAUAAGGAUGGGGUGGAAAUAACAUGCAUGGCGGAAGGACUAUAUCCACAACCUACUCUUAACAUAUCCAUCGAGGGUGUCCCGGAAAAUCAAACCUUCGAUAUUAUACAGCGUACCGAUGGACUAUUCAACGUCUUAUCACGAACGACCUUUCUGGACGAAGAGUUACCGGAUAUAACAACUAUCUUAUGCUUGCUCCAUAUACCAGAGGCGAACUACAACGUUUCCCACGAAACCGUCUAUUAUCCCAGGCCGCCUACUUCAACUGCUACAACGAAGCUGCUGCACAAAAUGGAGACCCAAACGUUAAACGACUCAGAGCCUGGCAAUGGUGGUGGAAAUCUGUCUGGUCAAUUGUCAAUUAAUAUUCUGCUAGCCAUUAUGCAGUUGCCACUAAUCCACAUAUACAAUUAUCUUCAACCAUUUAAUUAGGUAAGGUUUCAAAGCAGAAUUAUCAGAAAUUUGUAUUACGCCUAAGAUACUUAUCGAUAAACACGGUGUGCCUAUGUUAAAUGUCGUUUCACAAAAUACAGACAGAGCCAAGUGUCUGAACAUCAAAGUUCAUUGUUCACAUUGGAAAGUUUAUAACUAUUCACACACGUAUAUAGGUACACGAUACAUUAACAAGAUAAGA